AUGUUAUAUUCUGAAAGUAAUGCAGAUGUUUCAAAUUUACAAGACUACGAAGUUUUAUUGCUCCACACGAAACAGGCCCAGGAAAGAAUUCGAGAAUUUGAUCGAUUACGAAGGGCAAGGUAUCUUCUGGAUGCUAUUUCACUGAUAAAUGACUUACUUGCUGAUGGUUCCGAAAUAGAAAUACUAACGCUUGCUAGAAUAAUAGUGAGAAGAUUAAAUAAAUUAGGUGUGACAAAUAUAAUAAUGGAUAAACGAGAUGAAUGUUGGUACAAGAAUGGGAGAUUAUCAGCUUUAAGACUUACGCAUAAUGGUAUUUAUCAUUGCUGUACAUUCUGCUCUAGUGGUGGAAAAAAGGAAAUAACUUGUGGCUGUAGAGGCACUAUGCCUGGUGGAUAUAAAGGAUGUGGUCAUGGACACAUUGGACAUCCGGGUGUUAAUCAUUGGUCUUGUUGUGGAUCUAUGUUACGUAAUGGACGCUGUUUAAUGAUACGAAAAACUAUGCAUCAACUUACAUUGUAGUGUUAAUAAACUAAUAAAUGUUUUCUGAAUAUA